AUGCUGGGGGCUCCCCGUGGGGUUUUGGAGCCACUGCUGCUCUCAGGGCUCUCCAGCGCUGCUGGCAGCCUGAUCUCCCCCCCCUCCACUGCUGAUUUCCACAGCCAGGUGAAAUCUGAGCUGAUUUCAUCCUGCUGCACAAAGGGGGACUCACUCACCCUUGGCCUUUCCCCCGUGCCAGGCUGUGUGUGGCCAGCAGCAGCCCUGCCCAGAGCCCCCCACACCAUUCCCAGCUGGAAUCGACUCCCGCUCCGCUGCUGUGCUCAGGAGGAAGGCAAAGAUCGAGCUGUCGUACCAGCAGUUCAGCCUGAGCGUCGCCGUGGUGGCCACGAUGCUGCUGCACGAGGAGCCCUCGAUGGAGGCGGCGCUGGGGGUGGCGCUCAGGGCCAACCUGCGCCAGGGCCGCCUGCACCACCUGCAGCAGCUGGAGCAGUUCAUCGACAGCCUCGACUCCGUGGGCUCCAGCGGCCUCUGAGGGCUUUGGGCCCUCCUGCCCUGCGACAGGGCGGUGACGGCGCCCUGGGGUGCUCGGGAGCCUGCAGGGUGAGGUGGGAGGCGUUGGCAGCCCCCGCGGAGAAGGAGGGCGAGCGGGAUGUGUUUGGUUUUUUGGCCCUGCCCAAAGCCCUGAGGGCAGCCAAAGCGUCGCUGGUUUGACUGGAGGGAGGGCGGCAGUGCCUGUCCUCCUUUCCUGACGGCCGGGAGUGCGCCCCCAAACCCCAGCGAGUGUUUUUGGGUUGAAAUCUGCAAAUAAACCGUGUCCUUUUUGCA